AUACACAGCUGCUUCACAAUUCCAGGAGAAGACGGUCCGACUAGACUUUUGCAGAGCUGUUCUAGCCUUCAGGUCGCAAUGAACCUUGACGCGAACUCGUGGUCGCAGCUCAAUGAUGAGUUGCAUAGCAUGGUCAAGAACUUCUCAGAUCUGGUGAAGGCGUCGCGCAUCCCCGAUGAGUACGCAGACGAGCUGUCAAGCUCGAAGGACACCAAAGGUGACCUGCAGGAGGUGCUGGCUGACAAGCUGCUGUUCUCCGCAUACAUGUGUCUGCACCACAUCAGCGAGCUGAAGAAGGCAGCGGCGCUGAGCGACCACACGACGCAGAUCGCCAACGCGCGCGCCGUGAAGGGCGCCAUGCAGCGCGCGGACGACACGGUCACGGGCCAGCUGGCGGGCAUCAAGGCCGAGGCGCAGGAGCUGCUGGGCCAGCUGGAGGAGAGCUACUACAGCAGCCGGCACAAGGGCCGCCCGACCGAGAGCGGCGUCAGCGAGCAGCUGCGCGAGCUGUGCAGCCUGGCGCUGGAAAGCGCUAGCCAUCGCAAGUGAGGAUGAGGCGGGCUUGACUCAGCAGUCCGCACCCGUGUU